AUGGCGUUAUCUUAUGCGAACGUGGUGGCCCGGGAUAGCAAGGAAGCUACUCAAAAGAAUGAUACCUGGACGCCCGUCGGAGAACACGAUCUGAUAACCGGGAGCUUCAACGGUGAACCGGAAUUGAGGAUCUCAAGUGGCUUCAAAGAGAAACUUUGUGUCUCCUGGCAACGUACACUAGUGGUCCGAGUGCUGGGACUGAAUAUUUCUUUCUUGACUUUUUGCAACAAGAUCAGGAACCUUUGGCGGCCGACAAGGGCGAUGGAGAUCAUGGCUCUGGGACAUGAGUGCUUUCUGAUCAAGCUAGUAAUGAUGCUGAUUACUUCCGAGCACUUACAGAAGGCCCGUGGGUGA